AUUAUGAUUUUGCUAUGAAGAGUAUUUGAGUAUUUGAUGAAACAAUUGUUUUAGCUUUUUAUAUGAUGAUUUUUUCUGCAGCAAACAAAUAAUUUUAUGAUGAACAAUAACGGGUUGAAUAUGCCAAACAUAACUUACAUGUUUUUUGUUAUAUUAACACUGAUGUUAAUACAUGUGUCACUUUCUUCAGAAAUGACGACGUUUCAAGGGCGGUACACACGAGACGUGGGCGCCGACUACCAGCUGGUAUACCCGCAGCGCGCUCACGAGGACGGCAGCUUCGCGUCCUACCAGCUGGCGCAGUUCUUCGACUGGCCGGCGCAGGGCGGGCCGGGCCGCUCCAAGCGCUCCGGCUCGGACGAGCUGCGCGUGUACUACCUGCUGCAGCUGGGCCGGGACGUCUACCUGCUGGAGCUGCGGCCCAACGCGGCGCUGGUGGCGCCCGCCGCGCUGCGCGAGUACCCGGGGGCCCGUCUCAACGAGACCCGGCUGGAGCGCCCCAGCGGGCGGCAGUGCCACUACACCGGCGGGGCGCGCAACCGCCGCGGCGUACGGGCAGCGCUGUCGCUCUGCGACGGCAUGGCGGGGUACGUGCGCACCGCCGAGGCCGGCAUGCACUUCAUCGAGCCGGUGGGUGACGCGGCUCCGGAGGCGGACGGCCGCAUGAAGCACGUGGUGUACCGCAGCGCUGACGCUUUCCCUGGCGCUGGUUUCUGCGGUGUGAACGGCGACUGGGAGGAGGACUGGGCUAAGCGGUUCGAGUACGAGCUGAGCGUAAACCCGCACUACAACGGCAAGCGCGAGGCGGAAGAACCCAGCACCGGGCGACACGUGGAGAUCACAGUCGUGGCCGACAAGCACUUCAUCGCGCACCACGAGUACGGCAAGCGAGACCCCGAGGAGUACAUUCUCACCAUCAUGAACAUGGUUUCUGAUUUCUAUCAUGACGAAAGCAUCGGUCACCUUAUUAACAUCAACAUCGUGAGGAUUAUAUACCUAAACAAAGAAUAUCAAGAGCUGGAUGUGCUCAUCAGCUCAGACGCCUCGUCUACCCUGAAGAGCUUCUGCGAGUGGCAGUACAAGAUCAACCCCAACAUCGACCAUCCCAACCACCAUGACAUCGCCGUGCUGCUCACCAAGUAUGACAUCUGCAGCGACCCGGCGGGCGGCAGCACGUGCGGUCUGCUGGGGCUCGCCAACGUGGCGCAGGCCUGCAACCCGGAGUCCUCGUGCUGCAUCAACGAGGACAGUGGCCUCAACCUCGGCAUCACGGUGGCGCACGAGCUGGGCCACGUGAUGGGCCUGGAGCACGACUCGCAGGGGCCCGUCAAGUGCCCCUACAAGGACCCGGUGACGGGAGCCAACUACGUCAUGUCGCCGCACGUGACCGCCAACACCAUGGCCUGGUCCAGCUGCAGCCGCGAGAUGAUCACGCAGUUCUUCGAUUUCGGGCUGGGCGAGUGUCUGCUGGACGAGCCAGCGGACCACGAGUGGAAGUUCACUAACAUGCCGGUGGGCGCCGUGUACAAUGCAGACCAGCAGUGCUCGCUACGCUGGAACCUCAGCACCACGGCCUGUAACUUCGGCCAGGCCGUGUACUGUGAGAAGCUGUCAUGUCGCAUGGGGCGCAGCUGCUGGACCAACAACCAGCCGCCCAUGGACGGGACGCCAUGCGCCCAGCACAAGUGGUGCUUCCACAAGAAGUGCGUGCCGAUGGGAACGCGGGUGGCGGCGGUGAACGGCGGCUGGGGCGCCUGGGGCCCGCUGUCCAAGUGCUCUCGAUCGUGCGGCGGCGGUGUGGCCAAGAUGGAGCGCGAGUGCAACAACCCGCGGCCCGCCAACCGCGGCAAGUACUGCGCGGGAGGGCGCCGCCGCUACGAGAUCUGCAACCCCGAGCCCUGUCCAGAAGACCAGCCGACAUAUUACGAGGUGCAGUGUGCUGAGAAGAACAACGUAACCUUCGCUGGGGAAUACCAUUCGUGGAAACCGUUCAGAGGUGGUGCCACAGAUAAGCCCUGUGCGCUGGUUUGCAUCAAUGAGAAAAAUACAUACAGCACGUUGUCACCUCGCAUGAAGGAUGGCACACCGUGCAAGACGGGCACAAAGAAUAGGUGCGUCGCUGGGAAGUGCAGGAACGUGGGCUGCGACUGGGUUCUCGACUCGAGCGCCAUGGAGGACAACUGCGGCGUGUGCGCCGGCGACGGCUCCAGCUGCGUCUUCGUCGAGAAGCUGUACGACAGCAGCUCUGGAACCGAUUACGAGGAGAUCACUGUGAUCCCGAAGGGCAGCACCAACAUCCAUGUGGCGGAGAAGGAGCCAUCCUACAACAUCAUCUCCGUGGCCAAUGAGGAUGGCACCUACUACCUGAACGCCGACUUCGAGGAGGAGAGCGACGGCGAGAUUGACUUCGGGGGCGUGAAGGGGGUGUACAACCACCCAGUGGAGGACAAGGAGGACCUCUUCAUCAAAGGCCCUACGACCACCAACCUCGUGCUUUACUACGUGUGGUACGGGCGGCACGAGAACCCGGGCGUGACGUACAGCUUCUACCAGCCGGUGUCGUCGAGCCGCGCGGGGCCGUGGAGGACCGCCCAGGUCAGCGAGCGAGAUGAGGACUACGACACUGGAAGUACCAAGGACAGGAAGAGCAGCAAGGGCAGCAAGGGCAGCAAGGCAGCCAGCAGCGCGGCCUCCCGCAGCCCUGCCGCCAGCAGCGACAAGUACUCGUGGGAGCUGCUGCAGUGGAACGACUGCAGCGUCAACUGCGGUGGCGGCAGUCAGGAGGUGGCACCCUCGUGUGUGGCGGAGAGCCACGGCAAGGUGGACGACAGGUUCUGCGAGGGCCUGACAAAGCCAGAGAGUGUCAGACGUGUUUGCAACCAGCGGGAAUGCCAGGCGAGGUGGCGCGUGGGGCCCUGGAGGCGCUGCUGCCGCGCGCGCGGCGACCUGGGCUUCCAGAUGAGGUCGCUGGCGUGUCUGCAGGAGCCGCAGCGCGUAGGCGGCGAGGAGAUGGCCGUGGACGAGCACCGGUGCGCGGAACAGAGGCCGUCCACGGUGCGCCGCUGCGACAACCCCCAGUACUGCCACAGGUUCCGACGCUACACCGGGGCGGCAUGGCGCUCCUCGCAGAAGAAGGACCCCGCCAGCAAGGCGGCGGCCCGAGACAGCUACCAGCCCGGGGCUGGGCCCGCGGCCGACUACACGGAGGUGGACUACAACGACGACUCGCCUUUGUUCUGGGGCGACCUGCAAGACAGCUCCCAGGGACUGCAGCCCGAAGCCCCAGAGGGGUCGUGGGUGGAGGACCCUGCGGCCAUGUGCGACGAGGGCGAGGGUGCCUUGAGGCGCGAGGGGCGUGCUCCCGGGGCCAGCAACACCACCAGGAUAGUGCUGGACCUCGCCCCGCCGCCCUUCCUAGUGGAGGUUCCGCUGGUGAAGAAGAAGUCCGAGCUGCGGCUGUCGGAACGCACCAAGGAGGACAUGGGCGACAAGGUGCCCGACAUGGCGCACGCCGAGUCGCUGGUGCCGGACAGCAGCAAGGCGAGGAACUAUACUGACGAGGCGGCCGUCAGGAAGAUGAACGAGCUGCGGCCGGUGCAGAAUGGUGCUUAGCUCUGGAUUGCGGAGUCUGUUUGUGCUAGUACCUACCCUUCUAGUUACAAAACUUCAAAAAAUAUUUAAUAUAUUUUACCAAAUAUUUUCUAAGCAAGAAAUAUAUUCAGGAGGGUAGUUCUAUGUUCAACGUUGUUUUUAUAAAAUGUGUGGAAUUAAAACUUAAGUAAACCAAGUUUGUUUUAUAACCGAUAG